AUGGCCUCAAAGACUAACCCUCCCCUCCUCGACCACAUCGUCAUCCUCCUCCCCCACCAAGUCCUCGCCUCCCUCCCGUCCUGGCUCUCCUCCGAAUUCACCAUCCUAACCGGUGGCCGCCACGCCGACGGCCGCACAGAAAACAAGCUCGUCAUCUUCGCCGACGGCACGUACCUCGAACUCAUCUCCUUCGUCGAGGGCAUCAGCCCCGAGGACCGUCUGUCGCACAAGUGGGGUCCCAAGCCGGACGGCACCAUCAUCGACUGGGCCUACUCCCUCGCCGACGAGUCCGGGUUCGCCGCGAUCCAGGAGCGCGUGCGCUCUGCCCAGUCCCUGGCCGCCUACGACGAUCCCGUGCCGGGCGGCCGCAUCAGGCCGGACGGCGCGGAGCUGAAGUGGGCCGUCGCGCUGCCGGGCCCGGAGGGAAAAGUGGAGCGGGGCGAGUUGCCGUUUUGGUGCUUCGACCGGACCCCGCGCGAGUUGAGGGUGCCGAACCACGUGCCGGAGAACGUGAAGCAUCCGAGUGGCGCUCUGGGAGUGCAUUCGGUUGAGGUUGAUGUGAGCAGCGACGAGUUCAAGAAGGCCUACGGUGGGAUUAUCGGACAGCCUGGUGAGGGGGAGGACGGUGGGAGGUGGGCUUUUGAUGUGCCUGUCCGCCAGUUCGAGGACCCCAGGGUUAUUCGCGUCGAGACUGUUUCAGGAGAUCGUAAGUCUGGGCAGUCUAUCCGUUUAGCGUUGUACACUGCCGCGGGUACGUCGAAGCGAUCCAUCAGUGGUGAUCUCGGUGGGGGUGUCUCUGUCAAGAUCGACCUCGUUCCUGUCAGCGGGUCAUCGUAA